UUUUGGUUCGUUUCCCGUAACCCAUUUCUCUUUCACAACAACAAAACGCUAACGUCUUUAUUAUAUAUUUGUGGCAUGUACCUAUAGUAACUUGAUAAAUAAUAACAGUAGUUAUGCAUCGUUCGAUAGAACGGCUGUUAAGCAGCUGUUGCUGUGGUUUCCUCAAGCAAAGGUAUACUUUAGCGCACUCUGACUAACUUGCGUGACUACUGAAAUGUUUGUUAUUUGAAAGUAUUGCAACACGUAGGCUAUAUUAUGUUUGUAUGUAAAAACAAAACUUGUAAGACCUACGACCUUUUUCUCUGACCUCCUUCGGAGAGUUAAUUAGGACGUCUAACUCCCUAUAAUUCGCACCCUGAAGUCAUAUAUUGCAUGUAGUAAUCGAGAUCAUGUCCAGAUCUAACAGCGUGAGCCCACCCGGCGCUGGCGCUCCUGGACUGAGGGGAGGGACGGAGCACAGAUCCGCUUGGGGCGAGUCUGAGUCCGUGGCGAACGGAUGUCCAUACUCGGCCAGAUCCUCCUGCAAAACGCUCAUACGGUCCAACAGUCGGUGGAGAGAGGACGAUGACUUCGAGCGACAACCGGGCCGAGCCACGACCACCGUCAGCCGGGUUAGUUUCAGAUCCAAGUCUGCCUGGCAAGAACACGGGGAGGAGAGUCGCAACAAUAACAGACCUUCCCCGAGGUACCGUGAUGGAGAAGUGAGACCAAAGUACGUGGAGUUGGGUUUGGAGGACAGAAGAACCAAGUCCAAACCAGAGGAGGAGCCCAUGCCAGAAGUGAACUUUUCCAUGAGCGCGUGCUGCAACGGCCUGAUGCAGAUUUUCAAAUCUAAGAAGUUCCAGUCGGAGAAGUUAGAGAGGCUUUACCAGCGCUACUUCUUCCGACUUAACCAGAGCAGCUUGACGAUGCUCAUGGCUGUUCUGGUGCUGGUGUGCGCGGUGAUGCUGGGGUUCCACUGCGCUGGAGGAGUGUAUCGGCUCACUUACGUGGUGGUUUUCUCCACGGCAAUCUUACUCAUUCUUACGCUGAUGGUCGUGUGCAACAGGAACGGCUUCCAUCAGGAUCACAUGUGGAUAGUUUGCUAUGUGCUCAUUUUGGCGGUGCUGGCUGUACAGGUGAUCGGCGUGCUGCUCGUGGAGCCGCGCAGCGCGUCUGAAGGCAUCUGGUGGACUGUGUUUUUCAUCCAUGUCAUUUACACACUUCUGCCGGUGCGGAUGAGAGCAGCGGUCAUCACUGGAAUUAUACUGUCUACCAUACAUGUGCUGGUCUCGUGGAAGUUAAACGAAAUGGACGUCUUUUUGUGGAAACAGCUCGUGUGCAAUGUCCUGAUCUUCUCCUGCACUAAUAUAGUUGGAGUGUGCACACACUACCCAGCAGAAGGCUCACAGAGGCAAGCCUUCCAGGAGACCAGAGAAUGUAUUCAAGCCCGCCUGCACUCUCAGAGAGAAAACCAGCAACAGGAACGCCUCCUCCUCUCUGUGCUUCCUCGAAAUGUCGCCAUGGAGAUGAAAGCCGACAUAAAUGCCAAACAAGAGGAUAUGAUGUUCCACAAGAUCUAUAUUCAAAAGCAUGACAAUGUGAGUAUCCUCUUUGCCGACAUUGAGGGGUUCACCAGUCUGGCUUCUCAGUGCACUGCCCAGGAGUUAGUGAUGACCCUCAAUGAGCUCUUCGCACGAUUCGACAAACUGGCCUCCGAGAAUCACUGUCUGCGGAUUAAGAUCCUGGGCGACUGCUACUACUGCGUGUCGGGGCUGCCUGAGGCCCGUGCUGACCAUGCGCACUGCUGCGUGGAGAUGGGUGUGGACAUGAUCGAAGCAAUCUCGUUGGUGAGGGAAGUCACCGGUGUCAACGUCAACAUGCGUGUGGGUAUACACAGCGGGCGAGUCCACUGUGGGGUGCUGGGAUUAAGGAAGUGGCAGUUUGAUGUCUGGUCCAACGAUGUCACCUUGGCCAAUCACAUGGAAGCUGGGGGCAAAGCAGGGCGUAUUCAUAUCACCAAGGCCACACUGAACUAUCUGAAUGGGGAUUAUGAUGUGGAACCUGGAUUUGGUGGAGAAAGAAACGUCUAUCUCAAGAAGCACAACAUUGAAACUUACCUCAUUGUGGGCUGCAGUCAGAAGCAGAAAGAAGAAAAGGCCAUGAUUGCUAAAAUGAACCGGCAACACACCAACUCGGUCACACAUAAUAGCACUCACUGGUCCGACCGGCCCUUCUACAAUCACCUGGGUGGCAAUCAAGUUUCCAAAGAGAUGAAGAGGAUGGGAUUUGAGGAUCCCAAAGACAAAAACACGCAAGAAAACCUGAACCCUGAGGAUGAGGUGGAUGAGUUUCUGGGACGUGCCAUUGACGCUCGAAGCAUCGACCGAUUACGGUCCGAACAAGUCAAGAAAUUUCUGCUGACAUUCCGAGAACCUGACCUGGAGAAGAAGUACUCCAAACAGGUAGACGCCAGGUUCGGAGCGUAUGUAGCCUGCGCUUCCCUCGUCUUUUUGUUCAUCUGCUUCAUUCAGAUCGUCAUUGUGCCGCACUCUGGGCUGAUGGUUGGCUUCUAUAUGCUGUGCCUGGUCCUCGUGAUGGCUGUCAUGUUCAUCUCAGCCAUUUACUCCUGUUUUGGGUUUUUCCCUGUGCCUCUGCAAACUCUCUCAAAAAGGAUUGUUCAGUCCAGACUCAACAGCACCCUGGUUGGGGUUUUUACAACCGUCCUGGUCUUUCUCUCCGCUUUCAUUAACAUUUUUACCUGCAGUACGGAUGACCUGAAGACAUGUUUAGGGCAGGAGUUAAACAUCAGCCCCAGCGUUGUAAAUGCUUGCCAUGUCCGCAGCUCUUCCUUCAACUACUCUCUCUGGUCUCAGGGCAGCCUCUGCAACAGCUUGUCACCCACCUGCAAUUUCCCAGAGUAUUUCUCUUCAUGUGUGCUGCUCAGUUUACUGGCCUGCUCAGUGUUCCUACAGAUCAGCAGUAUUGGUAAACUCUUCCUCAUGCUCUUCAUUGAGAUCCUGUACGUGCUCAUCAUGGAGGUGCCUGAGGUCAGCCUUUUUGACAACGUGGACCUGCUGGUCAUGGCCAAUGCUAUAGAGUAUAUUAAUGGAACAAGCUGUGUGACAGACACGCGGGUUCCUCUAAAGAUCAUGACUCCAGUCGUCAUCACGGUCUUUGUGCUGGCGCUCUACCUUCAUGCACAGCAGGUGGAGUCUACAGCCAGACUGGAUUUUCUCUGGAAGUUACAGGCCACAGAGGAGAAGGAGGAGAUGGAGGAACUUCAGGCCUAUAACCGUCGGCUUCUCCACAACAUCUUGCCCAAAGAUGUGGCCGCACACUUUCUGGCACGCGAGCGGCGGAAUGACGAGCUGUAUUAUCAGUCGUGCGAAUGUGUGGCUGUCAUGUUUGCCUCUAUCAGCAACUUCUCUGAGUUCUACGUGGAACUGGAGGCCAAUAAUGAAGGUGUGGAGUGCUUGAGACUACUCAACGAGAUCAUCGCUGACUUUGAUGAGAUCAUUAGUGAGGAUCAGUUUCGUCAACUAGAAAAGAUCAAAACCAUUGGCAGCACCUAUAUGGUCGCGUCUGGGCUUAAUGACUCCACUUAUGAUAAAGCAGGAAGGUCGCACAUUCGCGCUCUAGCCGACUACGCUAUGCGCCUCAUGGACCAGAUGAAAUACAUCAAUGAGCACUCUUUCAAUAACUUCAAAAUGAAGAUCGGUCUCAAUAUAGGUCCUGUCGUGGCUGGUGUCAUAGGGGCUCGUAAACCGCAAUAUGACAUAUGGGGGAAUACUGUGAAUGUAGCCAGCCGUAUGGACAGCACUGGGGUACCUGAGAGAAUACAGGUCACAACUGACCUCUACCAGGUUCUCAGCUCCUAUAACUACACACUGGAGUGCAGAGGCGUUGUGAAAGUCAAGGGCAAAGGAGAAAUGACAACCUACUUCCUAAAUGGAGGACCUAACAGCAGUUAACACUCAACGUCUGAUAUUCAGAACAUUUUUGAGAUGACAUGGAGAGGAGGCGCUGUGGGCCGGGCCUGCCAGGCUGUUGAAGGGCAUCCUCCUGGACCAAUCACAAUAGAAUUUGUUCAGAAACAGCCCUCAGCCAGUCUAAGAGUGGCCUCUUUGCACACUUAAGACUUCCUGUAGGAUUAAUGGAGGGCUUUGCCCCCUUUAUUUAAGGCAUGGAACAGCUCAGAAAGAUGGUUCAUCCUCAGAGACCAAAGAAACAAAGGAAUCUCAAGGCAUACAAAGCAGU